AUGAUGGCCCAGCGCAACUUUGCUCGCAGCUGGAUUCAGGACAGCUCCUCCUUCCUGGAGCUGCAGCAGCUGCUGACGCGGUACGGCGAGACCUUCACAUUCCUGCAGACGGCGCAGUUUGCCGACAGAGUCGCGGCCUUGUACGAGCAGCAAACCAAGCAGCUAAGGCAGGAAGGGGGCCGCACGGGGAGCCAGGGCGGGCCCGGCGGCGGCGAGGAGGCCGGCGGCGGCGACGGCAGCCCGGUCGACCGGCGCGGCGCGCCGGUCGUGUCGCUGAGCGUCAUCGAGCCACGCCGCGGCGCGCGAGGGGGGCGUAGUGGUGGCGGCGCCGGGGGUGGCGGCGGCGGCAGCAGCCGGGGCGGCGUCGUCAACCCCAGGGCCGAAGCGCAUGCUCUGCUGGAGCAGCUGUUCCCUGCGCUGACUCGCCACCUGCAGGAAGCUCGCGAAGCCGCAUGCGCCCGCGGCCCCGGGCACCGCACCGAGGCUGCCGACACAGUAGCAGCGGCGGCGGAAGCGGCGGCGCCGGGGGGCGCGGGGCGGCGGCCGUGGCGCGGGCAGGACUCGCCCCGCCUGCUGUCUUGGAUCCUGCGGUCCUGCGACAACACGCGGUUCCUGCCGCUGCCUCGGGAGCUGGAUGUGAUUGUGGACGUCCUGGUGGCCCGGCUGAAAGAUGACAUUGCGGGCCUGGGGCUGGGCGGGGGCGGCGGCUACUGGCAGUGGCAGGAGGCGCCGCCAUCGCUACCGCCGCAGCAGCAAUGGGGGCAGCAGCAACGGCAGCAGUUGGAGCAGGACGAGCGACGCGAACAGCAGCAGGAGCAGCAGCAAGAGGGGCCGGAGGAGCAGGAGGGUGUCGUUGCCGGCGGGCCCAAGCUGGCGUCCAGGGAAGCCGCAAAGCCAGUGGUGGACGCGCUGUCCACCGCGGUGCACUCCCUGUCGCACAUGGGCUACGCCGACGCCCGCCGCUGGGCCGCGCUCAGCGCCGCGGCGACUGCCCUUGCGCCGCUGAUGCGCGGCCAGCGCGCCUGCGCGGUCGCGCGGCGGCUCGCCGUGUCCCACCCGGGCGGCACGGCCGCGUUUGGCGCGCUCGCGAUCCCCAUCGCGCGCGCGGCGGACGAAGGGCACAUCACUGCCGGCGACGCGGCGAGCGCGCUGUGGGCGUACGGGGAGGCGAUGCAGCCCAACCAACAUGUGCUCGCAUCACUGGGCACAUGCCUAACCGCCCUGGCGGGCGGUCUAUCUGACAUUCGCGACCUCAACAGCGCGCUCUGGGGCUACUCCCGCACCCGCGUCGCGCCGCCGCCGGCACUGUGCGCCGCGCUCGCCGCCGCGGCGCCGCGGCUGCUGCGCGGGGCCGCGCCGCGGCAGCUGUCGGUGCUUGCUUGGUCGGCCGUGCGGAUCAGCGGCCAGGCGGGCGGCGCCGGCGGCGGCGGCGGCGCGCUGCUCGGCCUGCUGCCCCUCAUCGCAGAGGAGGCGCGGGGCUCGGGCGCGGGGCGGCGCGGGGACGGGGGCGGCGGCCUGCGGCGCUUCCAAACGGAGGAGAUGUGCACGCUGCUGUGGGCGAUGGUGCAUGGCAGGGUGGAGGGGACGGCGCUGCAGGUGGAGGCGCUGGCGCUGCUGGAGCAGCGCCUGGCCGGCCGCGCGGGCGGCGGCGCGGGCGGCGGCGCGGGCGGCGGCGCGGGCGGCGGCGGUCGCACCCCCUUGAGGGCGGCGGUCAUGGGCCUGUGGGGCCUCGCGCUGCGCGGCACCAUGAGCGCCACGCUGCUGCGGCCCCUGCUGCGGCAGCUGCGCGCCGAGGCGCGCCAGCUGGCGGCCAACGGGUGGUUGUGCCAGCUGGCGCUGACGGGGCUUGCGUUUUUGAGGUGUCGCGAUGACGAGCUGGUGGGGCGGCUGCAGGGUGCGCUGCUGGACCAGGCGGGCGGCGGCAGUGACGCAGCAGGGCGCGGGCAGCGACAGCGGCAGCAGCAGCAGCAGCAGCAGCAGCAGCAGCAGCGGUGGCAGCAGCAGCAGCAGCAGCAGCAGCAGCAGCAGCAGCAGCGAGAUUGGGACGAGGUUGGUGCGGAAGAGCUGGGCUGGGCGGCGAGUGAACACGACGGCGGGUGGGACGUGCAACAGCAGCAGUGGCAGCAGCAGCGGCGGCAGCAGCAGCCGCAGCAGCGCCGGCGGAAGCUCGCCAACUGGACUGCCCACGACUUGUCGGCGGUCUGCCACGCCCUCGCGGCCCUCGGCCACUACGAGGCCCGCGGGUUCCUCGAGUUGCUGGUGGACUGCUUCGUGCAGUCCGCAAGCCGCAGCGUCCACGGCGCAGUCCGCGGCGGCGCGCCGCCGCAGCUGGUGGCCAAGGUGCUGCGCGCCUGCGCCGUGCUGCGGUUCUACGACCCGCCGCGCCUCACACGGCUGCUGCGGCUGGCGGGCGCGACGGACGCGGCGCGUUGGGGCCCCAAGGCGCUGGGACAGCUGCAGCAGGCGGUCAUGUGGCUGCAGGUGCUCUGCCCCGGCGGCGAGCAGCUUGUAGAGCAGCAGCUUCCGGCCCCCUUAGUCGAGGCCGCGCUCGCCACGUGGGUCAACGACGUCGUGCCAUUAGUCACCACCUCGUCCACCCAGGACGCCGCGUGCGACGCGCUGCGGCGCCUCGGCCUCGCGCCGCGCGCGGAGGCGCUCGUCGGCGGCGGGCUCUUCAGGGUGGACGUCGAGCUCGAUUACUGCGGCCAAAAAGUGGCUGUCGAGGUCUGCGGCCCCAGCCACUUCGUGGCCGCCGCGCCCGCGCUGCGCGCUGGCGGGCCGCUCGGGCGCGCGGCGAGCGCCGAGGACCUGCCGUUCCGGGAGGCCCUCGUGACGGCCGCUGCGGGCGCCGCGGCGGCGCGCGCGGAGGGCGCAGCGGCGGCGGCGGGGCGGGGGGCCGGGGGUUUCGUCGGAUACUACGGGGCCUUCUCCGGCGGCGCCGGCCUUCCUGAGAAUGGCGGCGGCAGCGGUGGCGGCGGCGGCGAGAGCAGCGGCAGCGGGCAGCACGUGGGGGACGGCGACGACGAGGAGUCUCGGCUGCUGCAGCUGACCGCGUCGAGCAUGCUGCGCGCGCACCUGCUCGAGGCGCUUGGCUGGCGCGUGGCGCACCUGCCGUUCCACCUGUGGGCCUCUAGGGGUGGCGACGACAGGAUGCUGCUGGCCAUGCUGGACCAAGCCGUGGGCGCUCCCCUCGGAGGCCCGAUUAGCGGCGGCGGCGGGAAGAGCGGCAAGAGGGACGGCGCGGCGGCGCGGGCGGCGGCGCGGCGCGUGCUGGCGUCGACGCGGCGGGUGGUCGAGGCGCGCGGCGAGGCGCGGCGGCUGCAGGAGCAUCGGCAGCGCAACGCGCGGGGGGGAGGGGUUGCGGCGGGGGAGGCCGGGCAGGUGGCCUCGCUUGCGGCGCUCCUGGCGGGGCUCGAGGGCAGCGGCGGGGGCGGCGGCGCGCUGUCCACGUUUGACCGGGAUGACUUUGAUGAUCUGUACCUUGACCCCGACCUUCUGUCGGCGCUGGGCAGCGGGACCGGCGGCGAGACCGAUCAGGAGUGA